AUGGACGGCGACGGGCUCUGGGAAGAAUAUCUGUCUGCUGGUGCGAACAGGCAGGCUUCAGUUGCUGACUGGAGCAGGAAUGGGUUAUUGGCUUUUGGCGCCGAUGUGAACAUUGCCCUCUGGCGUCCGGCCGCCUAUCCGCCUCGUGGGAUUGAACGUAUUUUAAGCAGUCACCAAGAAGCAGUCAAAGCAGUCCUUUUCCUUCCCCAACACGACGAGGAUGAGUCGACCUACAUCGUGUCAGGCUCUGAUGACGAGACUCUCAUCUUGUGGAAGUCAACCGGUGGUGGCCACAGCUUUCAGGUUAUCCGGUCGUCGUCCGAACACGCUGCUCCUGUGAACUGCAUCACAGCCGUCAGGGUCGCAGAUGAACGAGCUAAAUGGAUCAUCGCCACUGGAGCUGCCGACGCGACAAUAAAGAUGUGGUCUUUUGAGAAUGACCACCUGCAACUACUUCAGUCGAUAAAGACAACACCGAAAUUCUUCCCAUUGGCUCUUUCUCUAAGCGUCAUUGACGGCGACGUGCUCAUUCUGGCAGCUGCCGGCACGCGCGAGACUGUGCAGAUUCUCACGGCAGACCUCAAUUCUCCGCGCAUCGACUUUAGCCUGCAGGCGACCUUAUCUGGACAUGAAGGCUGGGUGAGAUCCUUGAGCUUCACAAAGCAGACAAGCGAAGCUGGUGGCGAUCUCCUCCUGGCAUCAGCCAGUCAAGACAAGUACAUUCGUAUUUGGAGGAUUCACCACGGACCGGAGCUACCGGCUCUGGCAGCACCUGGGUCGGACCCUUACGGCGGUGCCUUUGUUCCCGGAAAGUCCCCUUCAAACAAGGCGCAUCGUCUGAAAACAGCGGGCAAGGAGUUUUGUGUGACGUUUGAGGCACUUCUCCUGGGCCACGAAGAUUGGAUUUACAGUGCAAGAUGGAAAACGCGUGCUGACGGCAAACUGCAGCUUCUCUCAGCAUCUGCCGACAACUCCCUGGCCAUCUGGGAAGCUGACCCUGCCUCCGGAAUCUGGGUGAGCAUUGCAAGACUAGGCGAGAUCAGCAGGGAAAAGGGCGCCACGACAGCAACGGGCAGUGCUGGCGGUUUCUGGACCGGACUUUGGUCGCCGUCUGGCGACUCCGUCGCCUGUCUUGGCCGGACUGGAAGUUGGAGGCGGUGGGAGCACGACUCCUCGACCGACACGUGGGAGCCAUGUGUCUCCAUCACCGGUCACACCAAAGCCGUCACUGGCAUUUCUUGGGCCAAGGGUGGCGACUAUCUCCUGUCGACCAGCUCCGACCAGACAUCGCGAUUGCACACACGAUGGACGGCGUCCGACGCCGGCACUUGGCAUGAAAUGUCUCGGCCGCAGAUUCACGGAUACGACUUGAACUGCAUCGACUCACUGGGGGACUCUCGAUUCGUCUCUGGCGCCGAUGAAAAGCUCAUGAGAGUCUUCAGCGAGCCCAAGGCGGUCGCGACACUGCUCAGGAGGCUGGCAGGCUUUGGACGUGAAGACGUCCAAGACAUGCCAGAUGCGGCAAACAUGCCCGUCCUUGGACUUUCCAACAAGGCCAUCGACGCCGUCGCCGACGACCAGGAAAUACAGCCCGUCGACGACGGUGACCGAGAAGCGAUGGACCCCGCCUCGGUGGUCAGGAAGUCGUACCUGGAAAUCGACCACCCGCCCUUUGAAGAAACGCUGUCGAGGCACACCCUGUGGCCGGAGAGCGAGAAGCUCUACGGCCACGGCUACGAAAUCUCGUGCCUCGCGGCCAGUCAUGACGGCAAACUCAUCGCCAGCGCCUGCAAAGCCAGCUCGACGAACCACGCCGUGAUCCGACUGUUCGAGACGGAGAAAUGGACAGAGAUCCGACCACCGCUCGUGGCACACUCUCUGACAGCCACUCGACUCAGGUUCUCAGUCGACGACAAGUACCUCCUCAGUGUCGGGCGCGACCGACAGUGGGCCGUCUUUGAGCGAAACACGGACAUCGACGCCAUGUACCAGCUGCUCCAGUCGAACGCCAAGGGCCACAGCAGAAUGAUCCUCGGCGCGGCCUGGGCACCGCCAGCACAGGCGCCUCUCUUCGCCACGGCAGGCAGAGACAAGCAGGUCAGGAUCUGGUCCUCACGGGCAGGAGAAGCUGGAAAGCUGCGCUUUACUCAAACCGCCAGUUUCCCCUGCGGAGGCCCCGUCACAUCUGUCGACUUCCUGUCGACCGUGGUCGGGGAAAAGCUCGUGUUGGCGGUCGGAACGGAGGCGGGCAAAGUCGGCAUCUGCUUGGUAAGCGAAGACGGCCAGGCAGUGACUGAAUUGCCAUCGCGACCAGAGUUGAAUCUUCCCAGGGCAGUGCUCCAACUGGCUUGGAGACCGCCGACGCGCGAAAUCAACGAGUCUGUCUACACGCUGGCAGUGGCUGGCGAGGACAGCUCUCUGAGGUUGAUCUCCUUGAACGAAUCCCAUCUACGAGCGCUGUGA